AUGGCCCUCUUCCACGCCCUGAUUCGAACCCAUCACAUCACCUCGCGGAAGAAGGUGGCCCAUCUGCGUAAGGCGGCGAGCAAGUACGGCUGCUACGCUCUGCUCCGCAGCGGCGGCUGUCCAGGCAUCAUGUACUGCAAAGGCAGCGAGGAGGGUGUGAAGGAAUGGGUAGGAACUGCUCAGAGACUUCGAUAUAAAGACUUUCAACUGGCGCUGAAGCCUGCGCCAUUAGGGUCAAACGUGGCCCAGCCAAAUGAACGGACAGGACUGUUUGAAGUCGAGUCUAUCAAGGAAUUCGCGGUCGCCAUGGAGAGGAGAGGUAUCUUAGAGUGGUGGAAACGGGGCAUGGAGUUUGCGUGA